ACGGCCAUCUGUGCAGGGCUCUUCGCUGUUGAAAUUCUCAGGUUACAUUUCCUUCUUGCUAUAUUAGCUAAAUUCACCUCAUAAAUCUUCUCUUUACCUCCCUGGCACUGGACAGCUGCAGCCAACAUGAAGCUCUCUGUGGCAAUUUUUGCGGUUUUUGCGUCGAUAUUUGUCACUAUUGACGCUACGGUUUACUUCAAGGAACAGUUUCUGGAUGGAGAUGGAUGGAAGAGCCGCUGGACCGAGUCAAAGCAUAAGUCUGACUAUGGCCAGUGGAAACUGAGUGCUGGAAAAUUCUAUGGGGAUGCUGAGGCUGAUAAAGGCCUCCAGACCAGCCAGGAUGCCCGCUUUUAUGCCCUGUCGACCAAAUUUGAAUCCUUCAGCAAUGAAGGUAAACCUCUGGUCAUCCAGUUUACCGUCAAGCAUGAGCAGAAGAUCGACUGUGGAGGUGGCUAUGUUAAAAUUUUCCCCGCUGACCUUGACCAGAGCGACAUGCACGGAGACUCGCAGUAUUACAUCAUGUUUGGACCUGACAUCUGUGGAUACAGCACGAAAAAGGUUCACGUGAUCUUCAACUACAAGGGUCAGAAUCACCUCAUCAAGAAAGACAUCAAAUGCAAGGAUGACGAGCUGACCCACUUGUACACACUGAUUCUGAAUCCAGACCAGACAUACGAGGUGAGGAUCAACGAUGAGAAGGUUGAGUCUGGCACUCUGGAGGAGGACUGGGAUAUGCUGCCCCCUAAGAAAAUUAAGGACCCAGAUGCCAAGAAACCUAGUGACUGGGAUGAUAAGGCGAAGAUUGAUGACCCCAGUGACACCAAGCCUGAGGACUGGGAACAGCCUGAGACCAUCCCUGACCCUGAUGCCAAGAAACCCGACGACUGGGAGGAGGACAUGGACGGAGAGUGGGAACCUGCCAUGAUUACCAACCCAGAAUAUAAGGGCGAGUGGAAACCCAAGCAGAUCGACAACCCUAACUACAAAGGCCCCUGGGUUCACCCUGAGAUCGACAACCCAGAGUACACUCCUGAUGACACCAUGUACAAGUUUGAUAACAUUGGAGUGCUGGGCCUAGAUCUGUGGCAGGUUAAAUCUGGCACCAUCUUUGACAAUUUCCUGAUCACCGAUGAUGUAAAAGAAGCAGAGGAGUUUGGGAAGAAGACCUGGGGAGUUACCAAGGGACCAGAGAAGAAGAUGAAGGAGGAGCAGGAGGACAUGGAGAGGAAACUGAGAGAGGAGGAAGAGAAGAGCAAGAAAAAGGACACUGAAGGUGAUGAGGACGAUGAGGAAGAUGGUGACGAGGAGGAAGAUGAGGAGGUCGAUGAAGGGGAGCAGGAUGAGGAAACAGAGGAGGACACAGGGGCAGAAGAGGAGGACAACGAGAUCAAAGGGAAGGACGAGUUGUAGAGGAAAGGAGCUGGUGAUUGGACUGCAGGUUUCUCUCUGCAGGUUCAAACUUGUGGCAGAAAUCAGCGACAGCCCCAUGGACUCUGGCCUUUCAUACAGCAGCCUUUUAUUCAGGUGUAGGGACAAUGGGGUGCAAGUUGGGGUCAGAUCAGAUUUAUUUUUUAUUAAUUUACUCUUUUUUUCAGCCUCCAAAUUAGAGAAAGGAGAGGGGUUUACAUGUUUCUUUCUGUUUGUCGUCUUUGGUUGAGAGUUUUAUAAUUUAAUGUGAUUUGCUGAGCGUGGUCAGUCCCAUGGUGUAUGUGCAGUUCUUCAGAGCCUAUUGAUUUUAUUAUUGCCUUUGUUGGGACGACUGCUAAAUUGAGGUUCUGUGUUGUCUGGUUCUUGCACUUUUAUCUCUCCUGUGAGAUGUAGAAUUGUUUUUUAUGACCCCUUCAUAAUUUAUUCAAUUGUUUCCCCUAAAAUAUUGUCAUUUCCCAAAGCUCUAAUUCUGUGUCUUUCUUCCAACCAUGUGUCUUUGAGUGAAUGAUGUGUGUAUGGAAUGAGACUUCAUCAGACUGUGAUUUUUAUUUUCUUAUUGUUCAUCUGAAUGAGCGACUGUCCUGUGGGUGCACUGAGUUUCAGUGAAUAAAGUGAAGCUUCUCACAACAAAGUCACUCUUGUUCUUGAAAGCAGUGGUAGCUGUGGAUGCGUUGGUUCAGUUUGUCAUGCUUCUUUUUAAAAUCACUUGUUUUGUUUUCUUUUUUUUGCUGACUGCCUUCUUCUCACUAACCCACUGACAAGGCAGGUUACCAGCAACUGUCCUUGUACAGAAUUCUGAUUAAAUCUUAUCUCAACUAUGUAAAUGGAUUCGAUUGGGCAGCCAUAUUUAUCCAUUCUAGGGCUGUCAAGAUUAACUGAGUUAAUCGUGAUUAACAAUUGGUGCACAAUUUUUUUUUCCUUAUACUUUAUUUCUCUAAACACACUGGUUAAGCCAUGUCAGUGUGUUCCUGCAGCCACAGGGAUGUGCAGUUUGUUCAUUAAUUCUCCUUAAUGUUAACCUGGCAUGCUAGAUGGAUUUGUUUCACACAUCCAUCUGGAAAACCUCUCAUACACAGCUUUUUGGAAAGGGCAGAGCCUUUGAAAAAAAAUUUGGAAGGUGAUAGGAUGAAUGUUCUUUCUGUCAAAUCUUUACGGGCUAAUCAGAG